AAAUCGCCCAGUUCAAUCGCACAAACACACACACACACUCACACACACACACAGCUUUGCGGGUGUUGGCUCGUUUCGGCCCUAGCUAGCUAACUUCAUUUUCGCUAUGGAGGUAAACACCUGCAACAUUCAAGUUCUCCUGCAAGCUGCAGAGUACCUGGAGAGAAAAGAGAGAGAAGCCGAACAUGGCUACGCCUCAGCACUUCCAUUUUACAGCAAAGCGACAGAAAAGCGGAGCAGACAGAAAACUAAGAGAGCUUCGCCGGGAAACAGCAGGUCAGUGCACAAUGAAUUGGAAAAGCACAGGCGAGCUCAGCUGCGACACUACUUGGAGCAGUUAAAGCAGCAGGUCCCGUUGUCCUCGGACUCGACGAGGAACACCACUCUGAACCUGCUUAGAAGUGCACAGCUGCAUAUAAAGAAGCUGCAGGAGCAGGACGAGCGCGCCGAGCUGAUGAAGGACCGACUGCGCUGGGAGCAGCAGGAGCUGCGUGUUCGGCUGCAGCAGCUGCAGGGCGGCACGGAGAGGAUGCGCAACGACAGCCUGGGCUCAGCCAUGAGCUCCGAGAGAUCCGACUCAGACAGAGAGGACGUUGAAAUUGACGUGGAGAGCAUGGUGUGGACCUUGGAGUCGGACGGUCUGGGCACGACGCAAACCGAAGUCGACCAUAGUUACUCCACUCCUGAUCAUGCCUGGUUAUGACGACUAUAAAGCUGCUAGUGUGAAUUCAGAAACAUUCCAAAAAAAACGGUAUCAUGAGGUCCAGGAAGAGCAAAACAGGCCUCAAACCAAAAACACCUGGUGUCUUGCCACAGAAACACCCUGCUGCCAUUUUUUAACCAUCACACUCAGGCUUUUUGCAAGCAUGACUGGAAUUUGUGAUUUUAUUUUUAAGAAAUAAUGAUGUGGUGCUCUAGACAGACACACUGUUGAUCUAACGGAGGCGUGACAGCAUGGACAUGGUCUUCCUAAUUUAGCCUCCAAUUCAAUUGCACUUAUCAGUCGCCUCCCUUCAAGCUAAUUGGCUUCAUUUUUAGGGCCAGCCUGCAGUAUAGGCUUGCUUGCACUUACAUCUUUGACUUAUUUAACUAUUUUAUCCUUUUCCUUUGUCUCGAUACAUUGCACAGAGCAGCUGCCUCAGCACUUCGUUUUGUUCCAGUUCAGGGCAUUCCUUCUCGGACUGCAAGUUGUGUGAUUAAAUCGCAGAUCAUGUCCAUGCGUUUUUAUCAGUGUUUUAAUGCUUCUCUCUCCUGGAAGAUGUACAUUACUCAUGAAGACGUAGGCUACGUUCACAUUACCAGGCUGAAGUGGCAGAAAUCCGAUUUUUUUUGCUCCAAUGUGACUCAGAUCUGAUGUUUUCAGGGCUGUGUGGACACG